UACAACUAGCUUGUAUCAUAAGGCACAAAUUUGAUUAUAAGCCAUCAUACUCUGCUCUCACAUAAAUAUAUUCAGUAUAUAGAGGAUUGUUCAUUUAGAAAUUCAUCUGAGCAAAGUCUCAGGAAAUUCCAAGUUACAAGGACCCCCAGAUUGAUUGAACUAGGGUAAAAUAAAUAAAUAAAUAAAUAAGGAGACAGAAAAAAGGACUGAAUGAAUAUAAUCUCUCAAGUACUUUAUGUGAGUUUGUGUAAAUUAUAUGAUAUGGCUAAGGAUUCUGCAAGAACACUGACACUGCUGCAUUAUGUACUCUAACAAUGCACACAGAAUAAAUCCUUCACUGACACUGUGGUGUACUAAAGCCACUAGGUGAUGCUGGAGAGCUGGCUUGUUCCUCUGAGCCCUUCCUGCUGGAAGUUUACAAAGGAAAUUGGGUGAAAAUAAUGUGGAUCUGUUGGCAGCAGUACUGCUGAGCCCAUAGCACAGCCAAACAUCCUGGCAUGGACAAUGUGGAGCUGUCAGCCUAAAUACUGCUCACCCAGAGAGAAAAAAAUACACAGAAUUAGAAUCGAGGAGAAACACAAUCAGAAAAUCUGUCAAACAUGCAGGGAUAUACUUAUAAAGACACUGUCUGUUUGACAAUGGCCUUUUGUUGUUUGUGUUUGUAGGACAGCCAGGGCUAGAAUACUUACUUUACAGAAGCUCCCCCUCUGGCAUAGUCACUGACCAACCCACACCAGCAUGCCAGCAGCAACACGCUCUUUGUAUAGGCUAUUACAUUUGCAAACCAGCCGGGGAGAGAGAGAGAGAGAGAGAGAGACAGAUGCAAAGAACAAGUUAGAGAGUAUACCAAAUGCUCAAGAUGCAUGUAGAUGCAAAUAAAGGAAGAAUAUAUGCAACAAAAAAUAAUUAAGAUUUCAGGAGUCUUUUAAAUAGCUAUUCCACUGGCUAACAGUUUGAGUGGAUCUUUCUUUGAAUGGGAGCCAUUUAUCAGCAGAGUAAGCGAAUUUGGUGUCCACAUCAUGGCAUGCUGCUGCUGCUGUCCAGCUUCGUGUCUGAGAAACUGCUUCUUGCUUUCAGAUAUAUCAACUCUUGAUCUCAAUACGUUAUGGGAAGAGCCCCCAUAUGCACUAACAAGAGCCAAUGAUCUCUUUCCAGGAAAUGAUGUCAUGGCCACUGGGGAUGAGGAAGUGGAAACAGAGGCUGAGGUGGAGAGUGAGGGGAUCACUGGUGAGAGUUACUGGAAGAGGAAGGAAGCUCUCAGCACUGUCUCUUUGGCUGUAGGAGAUCACUUCUCUUCAGAUGUGAUAUUGCUGUUCAGUGGCAGAAGGCGCUCCAAUUUGGAGCCAGACAGCGUGCUGCAGGAGGCACUGCGCACUAGACUAAGGGUCGUAGAGAGCAACAGCCAAGAUGUUAUUCAGCUUUUUAAAGAGCUCUCUGCACGUUUGGUUUCAGUGCAUGCUGAAAAAGACCAUUUUGUUAUAACCUUUAAGACAGUGGAGGAAAUCUGGAAGUUCUCUACGUACCUAGCUCUAGGAUAUGUAGCAAGGUGCUUGGAGAACUUUCUCUGUGACCAGGCUUUCUGGCUGGACCCUCUUUUGCUCAGUGAUGUGGAAAUUUGUGUGACAGUAGAUGAGGAACACCUAGCCACCCUCUAUCUGGGGCUCCUACUUCAAGAAGGUUCAUUCUUCGCUAAAGCUCUGGUUAACAGUGAGCAGUGUAUAGAAGAAGAAGAUGAAUUGGUUUACAAGAAGAAUGACCUUGUUAUGGUGAAGGAUAUUGGACAGCAGUCCACGUGGGAGGGAACACUGCUGUCUACUGGUCAGCAUGGUCUAGUGCCUGUUCAUGCAAUGCAGCCUCUACCCUACCCUUUUUACCAGUGGUUUCUUAGAAAAUACGAUGGCAAUGCAGGAGGGUUUUCAUUCACAAAAGGACAAAGUGACCAACCUAUAGUAACAGGAACUUGCAUAGCAGUAGUGGACCACUACCCAAUGGUUAAGGAUGAACUGCACUUCAGCCAAGGAGAUCUCAUAGAGGUCGAAGGCUUGCUUAUUAGCUCACUGAAUACGUUCAUUGGGAAACACCUCUCUAGUGGACAGAGAGGAUUUGUCCACAUGGCCCAUGUGAGACCUGAAAAUGUCAAACCACUCAGGGGACAAUUGGUCUUUCUGAGUGAGGAGGAGAGAGUGGCUCUCUUGCAGUUUAACCCAUGCAUUGAACAGUGCCACACUGGUCUAUUGGACAAACUCUUCUCCACUGACAUCAGCACUGUUUACAGAUUAGAUAGACUGGAUGACUCAGAUUUUACCUAUAUCAGAAACCAACCAAAGCAAGAACAGAAACCCCCAGUAGAUGCCAGGAAGAGCAUUAUACUGGAACAUAGUGAUACCCCACCCUAUCACCCCUCUCCUCGACCUUCAUUCUACGCUUCUCAGAGUUGUCUAGACAAAGAUAAUGAAGCCUUCUCCUUCAACCUGGAGGACACUUUCCGAGAGAUGGAUGAGUAUGAGGAAGAUCCCCCCUUUAUGGAUGAAGGCAUCUGGGAUACCGAAGAAGCUGAGUUUGUUGACCCAAUUUUAACCCUCCUCAAUCUGGACCACUUCCAGGAAUCUUUUCAUGCACUUUAUGACCUCUCCUACUCCUUCUUGGACACAGUCUUUGGUGGGCUUCCGGUGGAAGAGGUUCUCCUGCAUCUGGAGAGCUUGCGGGAAGGAGCAAAGAAAGGCAGGAUGGUGUGGGCCCAUCGGCGGACCUGCUUCCUUUUGGGCAGGUUGUGUGCCAAAAAGCUCAAAUACUCUCAGGCUCGAGUCUACUUUGAGGAGGCACUGGUUGUCCCUGUAGAGGGUUUUAAUGACAAGCCUCUGUUGAUUGCCCUGUAUACCAACCUUACAGCUGUGUACCUGAAGCAGAAGAUGACAGACAAGCUGCCUUAUACAUUGGAGAAAGCAAGUGCUCUUAUACUGUGCCUCCCAUUGCAUAACUUCUGCUCUCUUGAUGAGUUUGAACUGCUCAAGCCAAUUCUACGCAGAGCUAUUGUUGACAAUGAUAAGCACCUUGAGGCACGGACUUGCUAUCUAAUUCUCUGUCUAUUUUUGCAGAACAAAAAGAUUGAGGAGGCUUUGCCUUUUGUGGAAAGACUUCAGUUCCUCAGUCUCACUCUCUCAGCAGAAGAAGGAAUGCCUAUAGGGCCAGUUGACCUGAACUGGAUACUAUGCAGGCUCUACCACAAGAAGUAUCUGCCAUACCUUGCAUUAGCAUCUCUCAGUCUAGAUUCAGCUCAGGAUCAUUCUUUGGAUAAUGCCUUUCAAAAGAUUGAGCUAUUCCUGAAGAAUUCAGUCAGACUGAAUCCUUGUUGGAAGGAUGGCUCUGCUCUGCUCCCAGUCCAGGUGGUAGUUUACCUCCAGCAGGCAUUGUCUAUAGCCAGCUGUGGAGAACACCUGAAGAUCCAGAGAGACCUUUGUCUGAGUUUGGCUAGUGUCUACCAGCAGUAUGGAACUUUGGAAAGGGCAGUUCUCUGUGCCCAACAAGCAGUGCAGGCAGGGAGUCACAUUAAUGAGGAAGAGGGCUUUGAGGCAUCAGUGCUGCUGGCCUGGCUCUUUGUGCUCACAGAGAAACCAGAUAGAGCCCAAUCUACUUUGCAGCCUCUCCUUAACUCGCUGAAUAAAACAGACAGUCCAACACAGUGUGGAGUUGUCCACAACCUACUUGCGCUAUGUCUUCACAAACAGGGGAAGGUCACAGAAGCAGCAAGGGAAUUUCACUGUGCUCUAAAGAUUUCACAGGAAAAUGGGAACAAGCAUAAUGAAGCUCUGGCUCUGGCUAAUCUGGGGUGCCUUGCCUUAUCAGUAGGAGCUCCAGGCCUAGCAGAGAGGUUCUUGCUCAGGUCUCUGCACCUUUUUCAGUUUCUCUCUGAAAGCCCCUCAGAUGAAGAGCAUGUUCAGACUCUGCUGUGGCUAGGCAGAAGCUACAAAGAUAGGGGAGAAAGUCAAAAGGUUAGGCUGUGCUAUGAGAUGGGUCUUCUCGUUGCCAUCAGUGCCAAGAACCUGCACAGUCAGAUGGUUGUAGCAAAGGUGCUCAGUCAUCUAUAUGCUGACUUAAUGCUUUAUGGGCAAUGUAUAAUUUACUAUGAGCACUGUGUCGGGCUUUCCAGAGAACUGAAGGAUAAACGUCUGGAGGGAGAGUACCUGGACAUUCUCAGCAAUCUCUAUCUAUCACUUAACACUGAGAAGUCCUCACGGAAGUCUCUGGACUACACCAAGCAAAGUCUCAGAAUUUCAAUAGACUUAGGAAAGAAACAGGAGGAGUCACAGACAUGGCUACAGGUUGGCCGUAUCUACUACUUGAUCCAUGAGGAUGAAUUGGCAGAUAUGUAUCUUCAGGCAGCUGUAAAGACAGCCCUAAGGAUAAAUGACCUAUGUUUUGCUAUGAACAUUUAUGAAGAUGCUGGAGAUGUCUUCUUCAAAGGACACAGAAAUCGACUGGCUGCUGUUUCAUUUUUUAGAGAUGGGGGUUUGCCAUUUGCAAGGUGUCUGAAGGAUGUGCAUUCAGAGUUUAGGCUUUUAUGUAAGCUCUCUGAAUUGCUGCUGAAGGAAGGUCAGCACAAGGAGGCCCUGCAGUAUGCUACACUGGCAAUGCAAAUCAGCACCUCAACUGGUGUGUGCCUGAAUGAGAGGGUGUCCUACCAUCGCCUGGCCUCAAUCUACUUCACUCUUGAGCAGUAUGAGAUGGCUGAGAAUUACUAUUUGAAGGCUCUGUCCCUCUGUCCCACUGCACUGGAGCAUAAAGAAGAGGCCCGCUACUAUGUUAAAGUUUACUGCAGACUAGCUGAUCUAACUCUGCAUAAGAUAAAGGAUGCUUUUGAUGCCAUGGGGUAUUUUCACUUAGCCCUAGCAGCAGCUCUGGAAGAUGGAGGGAGCCUUCAGGCCAGGUACAUAAUUUACAUGAAGCUGGCAGAGAUCCAUGCUAAUUACUUACCUGAUGUGAGGCUGAGCCAGAGAUAUAUGGACAGCGCAUGGAGCCUAAAGAGGGAGCUGGCAGGACACACAGACUCCAGUGACACAGAUGACGAAUAUAUGAACCAUGUUGCAACAGAGUAUGCUGAGGCAAAGUCAAUCAGUCAUUCCUGUGAUGGGUCAAGGAGCUCAGACUUGAACGAUACCCCUGUAAGCGCCAAUAUGAUGGACACUAGCCAUACAAUAACUGUUCAGAAGGAGGCUGAAACAGAGGCUGUUCCUGCUGAUUACAUGUGCAGAGAGGAUAUGGACACCUGCAGCAUAGAAGGGACUAACUGUGGGCCUGGACAGCAUACAAAUUCUGAAAUAAGUCAGAUUAAUCAAAGACUCCACAGCAGCCACACAGAUUCUAGCUUACUAUCUACAGAAUUUUGAUCAGCCCAUCUCCACCACCCAAAGCACUUUGUUACAGAAAUGAAAUAUUUAAAUAUUUUAAUUCAUGUAUCUUGUUCAUGUACUUGAGCACUUGUAUCAUAAUAUGUGUAAAUAUUUCUGUCACUUUUUAUAUAUAAUUAUUAAAAUGAAAUGAA